GUUGUAAUUUGUAUUCGCGAAGUCGGAUUCGCCUACUUUACCUGCAAGGUUUGCUGAAUCGGCAAUUGAGCGGGGGAUAUGUUGAGUGGCUUUCCGGCCUCCAGGGCCGAGUCGACUCACCAUCGUCUCUGCGAAUUCGCUAAAGCAGCCCUCAUCAAGAUCUUUGUCCAACCAUACGCCACUGUGUGUGAUUUGUACUGUGGAGGAGGAGCGGACGCAGAGAAGUGGGACGAAGCUCAAAUUGGUCAUUAUAUAGGAAUUGAUGCUGCGUCCUCUGGAAUAAGCGAAGUUCGAGGAGUAUGGGAGAGUCAGAGGAAGACUUACACUGCCGAGUUCUUUGAAGUUGAUCCCUGUAUGGUGAGCUGUCUCUCUCUCUCUUGGAUAAACAAAGUGAGCACAACAAGAAAAAGAAGGAAAACAGAGAAUAUAGAAUUGCAUUUGCAGGACAAGGGCAAUGUGGCUGAUGUAGUUUGCUGCUUGCAGCAUUUGCAGUUGUGUUUUGAAACUGAGGAGAGAGCAAGGAAGCUUCUGCAUAAUGUAUCAUCUUUGCUGAAACCCGGGGGCUAUUUCUUUGGUAUUACUCCUGACUCAUCUACCAUAUGGGCAAAGUAUCAGAAGAAUGUUGAAGCAUACCACAACAAAAGCAGCAGCAUGAAGCCUAACAUUGUUCCCAAUUGCAUUCGAUCUGAGAGCUACGUGAUCACUUUUGAAGUUGAGGAAGAGAAGUUUCCAUUAUUUGGAAAGAAAUACCAGCUGAAAUUUGCCAGUGACAUUUCUGCUGAAGUCCAUUGUCUGGUACAUUUUCCAAGCUUGAUAAGGUUGGCCAGAGAGGCUGGGCUUGACUAUGUUGAGAUUCAGAACUUAACUGAAUUCUAUGACGAUAACAGAGCACAAUUUGCAGGCAUGCUACUGAAUUCAGGUCAAAAUCUGGUUGAUCCCAGGGGUAGACUUGUUCCGCGAUCAUAUGAUGUGUUAGGCCUAUAUACCACAUUCAUAUUUCAAAAGCCCGAUCCACAUAUUACCCCCCCAGUUGUGGCACCGUCAUUACCCGAUGAAAACCAGAACUAUGAGGAGCUAAAGAGAGACUGGCAGCGCACUAGCUGGAGAGAUGACGAAAAGAAUGGACAUGCUGAGCCACCUGUCGGACUUGGGAAGAUUACUGAACAGAAAGGGAUUUUGGGUCCUGGCCCAGCAGAUCUACGGUUCUCAGAAGCAUUUUGACCCUCAUUUCAUCAAAGAAGCAAGCAAGAGGGAUUCAGAGUGGCGAGCGAUAAAUGGGUGGCUGCAUUGCCCAUUUGCCCUGAAAAGAAAAACCUAAUCCUCUCGGAAAGAUAUGAUGGGGAGUUUAUGGGUUGGGUAAAGUGAGUUGUAUUUUUCCCGUGCAGCUUACGGGAAACUGAUCGACAGUUUUUGCACUUUAGGGAGCUGAAAUGGAAUAUAGUUGAAUGUGGGAAAAAGAGAUUAUUCUUUGUGGAAACAAUGAUUAUUGCAGUUAGUUUUUGUAUCCA